AUGAACACGGACGGGCAGAACAGGAACGUCGGCGGGAUGGCCGGCGCCAACACAGGCGACGUGGACGCGGUGGCCGCAGCCACGGCAGUGUCGGCCAUUGGGUCGAGCGAAAACGUCAACAACAACAGCAGCAACGGCAAGGCCGGUGGAGGCGGGAACGAGGGGAAGACGAACGCGUCGGCGGUGGACGACUCGCUGGUGGACCCGGAGUUGAACCAGCAGUCGACGGACGAGCGGGCGAAGGCGGAGGACAACGACGACGACGACGACGACCAGAUCAACCAGAUCGAGGACGACAACGACAACAUCGUGGCGGCUGCUGCCGCUGCGGCGGCGUCGAACGACAUGAACUACCUGGCCAACAUGCAUGCGGUGGAGAACCACAUGCAGAACGUGCUGGGUAACGCCGGCGCACAGGGCGGGGCCGGGCCUGACGGGCCCGGUCCGGGGGCCAGCGUUGGCGGCCACGGCAUGCUGCAUGCGAACGCACAGGGUGCGCCGAGGAAGGACAUCGAGAUGGGCGGCAGCGGGCACGACGCGAACGACGCCGACUACAACGACGACGGCGACGACGACGACGACGACGACGACAACAAGCUCUCGUCGAAGACGGCCAUCGACGCCGUCGUGGAGUCCAGCAAAGUGAAGAAGUCCGUCUCCAACACCAAACGCGCAGCUCAGAACAGAGCCGCUCAGCGGGCGUUCCGCCAAAGACGCAAGACCAGAAUCGAGCAGCUGGAGAACGUCGAGCUGCUCUACAAGGCGGCCCUGCAGGACGUCGAGCGCUUGCAGGCGGAAAACGACGCCUUGAAGAAGAAGUUGACCGAGAUCAACUCCAAGUAG